GCAUUUCCUCCCCCUCUCCCCCCCCGACUGAACAAGGCGUGAAGCAGCGGACCAUGUGUUUUCAAAGAAUGCUCAGCACUCUUGUCACCCUCAUGCACCUCACCAUCACCAUCUCGCUAUCAACACGCCAUCUAUCAUCCGCCCUGCGGCCCUCAGUGGCAGAUCGGCACCUGCCUGCAUUCCAGCUGUCGGCCACUGACGCUCUGCAGAUCUUCGGUCGUCUGGCUGGGGACUUUCGUGGCGAGCGGGGGAUCUUUUGUUCGCACAUCACGCCGGAGGGGGAGGUCCUAUUCCAGGGCAAGGAGAGGGUCACUAUGGCCGAAUUCCGGGUCAGAAAGGACGCAGGAAGGAAGGGGUCGAUGUGUGUCCUCACAUCAUCAUGUGUCUGUGCCUGUGUGCGCUCAGGACCGGCUUGCCAAGCUGCCAUUUACAUGGUGCGUGGGAUGGGAGGGCACGCCACUGGGGGCGAGAGGAAUGCACUCGCGUGCGUAUGAAAUAUAUGUGCAUGUGCCGUGGUGUGUGGCGGUUCUGAAUGUCAGGCCCGCCCUUUCUGACGGUGAGGCGGCCGAGGCCGACACUUUCAUGCGCCGCCUGCUCAAGGUCGGUAUCGACCCAAAGUUCGACUAUAUCAUCUCGGAGGAAAACAGACGGUCGACCAAUGAAAGACUCAGGUGGGCAGGCAAGCAAUGACAAGGACAGGACGCACUCAGCAGGUGCACACAGAUGCUUGCCUACCUGCUGCCUGCCCUGCCCACUUGUUGCUCAGGUCUGGUCGCGUGAAGCGUUCGAAUGCGUUGAUGGCUCUGCUUGACCCUAACAAGCGCACGGAUGAGGAGCGUGUGGAGCGUGCUAUUCAGCGAGUCAACGAGUUUAUGAGCCUCGACCCGCCAAACCCAUAUGCCGUCUACGAAGGCAGGACUGAGAAAGGAAAGACAACCAUCUGCAUCAGUGUGCUCGUCUGAUGUGUGCAGUGUUCGGUCGCUUUGCUGGAAUGGACAAGGCACAGUACUUGCACAAGUGAGCAGCGCACCACAAGACACAUCCGUCCAUCCAUCCAUCCACCCAUCGUUUCCCUAUCUGUUCGGACGUGACAACCAGGAACCAGUUCGGACGUGUCGUUGAAGCUUGGGGCAGCGGUGAGGAAGGCCACUCACACACUGCAUUCACGCAGUGACAUCCCCCAUUCAUUUGUUUCCUUCUCUCGCCUUUCAGAGGCCGACGGUCUAGACUUCCCCAGCUUCCUGGUCUUCUGCGGCGUGCAGGCGGGCGUGGGCAGCGGAGGCAAACUCGUGGGCGCCACACAGAGAGCAAAAGACGCCGGCGAAGAUCCACUCAGGUAGGAACCAUCGGCAAUGAUCCACCCGCAAUCCUGCCGACGAACACUCCCUGUGUGGUUUGGCAGCGAUCUGUCUUUGACUGAGAUCGAGCAGUUCCGCGCCAAGCUGAUGAAGGGGCCUGGGCCUGAUGGGGCGCAGGCACUUGAAGACGAGGACGCUUCGGUGUCCGGUGAGGACAGAGCCCAAAAGCUGGCCGCUGUGCUCAACAGCCCAGCGCCUGAGCUCGGACCCAGCCAAGAGGCAAGCAGCUGCUUGCCUGAGACCUAAUGUGAACUUUCUUUCUGCAUACACGCCAUGCCGAGCUCUCCUUGUCUUCUGUUGUGUGUGUGUGACAGGUGUCAUGGCUGGACACGCGGUGGCGCGAGCAGUUCAAUGGUGAGCAGCUGGCGGACCUGAUAGUGCAGAAGUACGGCGUGCCGUACGUCAUCCACCCCAACCGACUUGACUGGAUGGGAGGGCGGCGAAAGAUGUUCUACCAGAUCACGUGGAGAUACCUGGGCGAGCCGGGAUUUGAAAUGACCAAGGUGAGCUGAGCGGGACUCAGACCCGUGUGCGGCUUCGCGUGGGUGUAUGGUCGUGUCCGUACGUUUGUGUGUGCAAUGCAGGAUCAGUAUUUGGAUCUGAUGGAGACAUUGGCGUAUCUGUUGGUGCGAUGGAACCGAGUCGACCACUUCAGAAACCAAGUGGCAAAGUCAGCACGCACCACCAACACCCACACCCACUCUCACACACACGUGUGCAGUGCAUACGCAAACAAAUGAUUGAUGCGUUGUGUCCACACGUGUGUUGUGUUGUGUCUGGUGGUGUGCAGGACCCGUAAGGUGCCUGAUGCGUACUUCGGUCGUGCGGUGCCUAUUGCUCUGGAUGUGCCAGAAGAGGAGGUGUCGGUCGCACUGCAGGAAAUCGACAGGCUACAGGAGCUAUUCGGCCUGUGAACGAACGGGAGGACGUCUGUCUCUUGGCAUUUUUCCGACGCUGGCUGCAUGGGCAGUUUUGCAUUGCACAGAGUGCCUGCCUGCGAUGUCUGUCUGAUUUAUGGAAGACUUGCCUGCCUACCGUGCAUCAUACAUAUCAUGCAUUGCAUCGGGCUGCGUGGCCACCGUGGGUUUUCUUUCCCUCUCUGUGUGUGUGUGUGUGUAUGUUGUGUGUGAUCCGGGGGGGGGUGCGAGCUGCUGUACAUAACAUACCAACUAGACAGACAGACCCGUAGUAGGGGAGGGAGGGAGGUGGCGACUUUCGAUGCGCCUGCAAAUGCAGCAUUGUCACCUCCCUCCUUUGCCUGCCUCACUUGGCCACCCACUUGAUGCGAUGCCUACGUGCGUCACGGUUUGGUGCAGGCGUGUAGAUUAAGCAAGCUGAGAACCAACCGGAGUUUGUGGUGAGCAAGUAACUUACAGCUGGUCAGCUGAGCUGCAUACAUUACACGGCUGGGCUGCCACGCCACGCCACCCUGUCUACUUCCUUCGUGUGUGCGUCCGUGCGUGUACAGAGAGGUGUGAAUGCGUGCGUGUCUCCUGCUGGCUUCUCGGACACUUCCACUGCCACUCAAUGAUCGACUGAUUUCUGAUGUCUCACUUUAUCCGA